AUGAGUGUCGGUUUGGAGAAGGUCCCCCAGGUCGUCAUGUGGUCGUCACAGAUCCGCCGCACGUUCCGGACCGCCGCCGCAUCCGCGCAGCGCAUCGUCGGGGGCGGCGGCUCGGUCGGCAUCCUGCUGGAUGUGGACGGUGUGCUGUUGCGCGGCGGCUCCGUCAUCCCGGCGGCGCGGCGCGCCUUCGGGAAGCUGCUGGAUGAGCGCCGACGCUUCCGCUUUCCGGUGGUCUUCGUCACCAACGCCGGAAGCUGUCAAGCCCGACAAAAAGCCGCUCAGCUGUCCGCGCUCCUCGACGUCCACAUCAGUCCGGCCCAGGUGGUUUUGUCCUACAGCCCGCUUGAAAUGUUGACGAAGUUCCACGAUAAAUGCGUUCUGGUUUCCGGUCAGGGACCCAUCACGGACAUCGCCCGCACUUUGGGCUUCAAGAAAGUGGUGAGCGUGGAGCAGCUGAGAGAACAGCACCCUCUGCUGGACAUGGUCGACCACAACCGGACCCCCGCAACAACCUCUACAACCCCCGUGCAGACGUUUUCCCAAAUUGAAGCCGUGCUGCUGUUGGGCGAGCCGGUGCGGUGGGAGACCAAUCUGCAGCUGCUAGUGGACGUCCUGCUGACGGAUGGACAGCCGUCCUCCGCUUACCGCCGCUCGCCGGCCCAGCUACCUGUCAUCGCCUGCAACGUUGACCUACUCUGGAUGGCCGAGGCGCCCUCGCCGCGCUUCGGUCAUGGCAUGUUCCUGCUGUGCUUGGAGUCGGCGUACAAAAAGUUGACGGGACGCGACUUGACGUACGAGGCGCUUCUGGGGAAACCCAACCUGCUCACCUACCAGUACGCCGAACAUGCGCUCGCUCUGCAGAACCGAAACCGCAGAGUUGGGACUAUUUACGCCGUCGGCGACAACCCCAUGACAGACGUUUAUGGCGCCAACCUUUUCGAUCGUUACCUGGCUCAGCAGCAUGAGCAGCCGCCCACCCAGACCGCGGGAGAUUCAGAGACGUCGGCAGGAGCUCGUUGUCGCUCUGUCCUGGUGUGCACAGGCGUCUACGAGGCGUCAUCGGCGUCCACUGGGGAGAGCGCCUUCCUGCACGGCCACCGUGACAUCUGCGGCGAGGAGGCGGGCCUGGCCCGACCUGACUAUGUGCUGGAUGACGUGGAGGCCGCCGUCGACUUGUUGCUCCGCCACCACCUCUGA